ACAUCUUUGGUCAGUGAUGUGCGGUGCACAUGGACUGUGUUUGUUUAUAUUUGUGUUAGUUUGAAAUGAAUAGCGUUUGAAAACUUUGAACUAGACCUAGUAUCAGUUUUUUGAUUACUUGUUAUCAGAGCUCAGUAAUUUACGCAGGCGAUCACGUUCGAGAGGGUAAAAAUGCGUUACUCUCAUUCUGUAGAUAAUGAGUUGCAGACUGGGAAAAGUGUGUUAGUAGCACGGAAAAGAAAACCACCUUUCACCAAGUUUUUAUACCUCUUUCACGAGAAGUCAUUGCUGUGUUGCUGCCCGUUGUGAAGUCUAGCAUUCACAAUGCUUGAUCUAAACUUGCUAAAAAUUGGAUUUGCGUUAUUAACUCUGGUGAUGAUAGUUUUGGGAAGCCUUAUGAAUACAGUUGAGAAACGUUUGCCUAGUUUUGUGAAACAGACUUUUAGAUACGGUAGAUUCGCUUAUCAAGGCAAAGAUACGUUUCUGAAACCCAUCGAAGUUCCUAAAAGGUGGUUUCGCCAUUUUUAUGUUUUUGGAGCUUUUUUCACAUCAUUAAUAUUUGUGGUUGUACUGAGAGUAUACGUUUUUCACGGCAAGCCACAUCCAUUGUUGCUUGCUUUGCUGGAUUUGCUUGGGUCAACUAGCCGCAGAGCAAAUGUUUCACCUACGUCAAUACUGCUUGCUUUGUUCCUGUUAACUCUGCAGUCUUGGCACCGCUUUUACGAGACAUGGUUCAUUAGCAUAUAUUCAAACUCAUACAUAAAUAUAUAUCAUUACAUCAUUGGUUAUGGACAUUACUUCGGAUCAGUUAUGGCUGUUCUGUGUGAGUCUCCUGGUUUUAUAAAUAACCAAGAACAAAGAGUGCAGUUAAAUUUUGGGGACAUCUCAUUCCUUGAAGUCAUUGGAGUGACUAUGUUUCUUUGGGCAUGCUACAAUCAGUACAGGUCUGCGAUAAUUCUUGCAAACUUGAGAAAAAACAAAAAUGGCCAGGUUGUAACAACAAAACAUAGUAUACCCUACGGAGGAUGGUUUGAACUUGUGUCAUCUCCACAUUUUCUUGCUGAAAUAUUAAUGUAUAUGGCAAUAUCAAUAAUUUUAAGAGCAGCAAACACGUGGCAUGUAGUCUUUCUUUGGGUUCUGAGCAAUCAGGUUGAAAGUGGACUCCUGUCACAUUGGUGGUAUAAGGCAACAUUUCCCAACUACCCCAAGGAAAGGAAAGCUGUAAUACCAUACGUUUUAUGAAAGUUAUAAUAGACUGAUUACAAUAUUUUUUUCUUGAGUAAUGUUGGCAAUAGUGUACUGUGAUGAAGUUAUAAAGAAACGCCAAGCACCGUUGAAUUAAAUCAUCUGUCUAUAUA